UUGGAUUGCCAAUGUUAUGAGGCUACAAGGACGGCGGCUGCUGAGCUGUGUGCGGGUGGCGAUGGUAGUUUGGAUGUCAGGGACAGUCCUAUGUGUGUACCUGCUGCAGUCUGACCACCAAGCUGACCUCCCUCCGCCAAUCCACACACACACCAUGAACAUACCACUGAAUUGUUCGUCAGGAGUACGGUUUACUGGGACAUUUAAAGAGAAUCUGCAAAAACUUGAAAAGAUCACAAUUCCGUCAUCUGAACCAUGGCUGGAACGUCUUGGCUUCAACACGAGAAUGACAUCGCGUGUUAGGUCGUCGUUUCCGGUUCUAGUAACGGCUGCGAGCUCGUCCCACUUCCUGAUCUCGCAGGGUCUCGUGAGAAGUGUCCAGGAAAAAGUGCUCACUAAGUAUCCGGCUGUGCAGCUCUUCUACUUUGACCUUGGCCUCAGACCGGAGGAAAAGAACUUGCUAAGACGCAACUGCAAAGAGUGCAUUAUGCGGUCGUUUCCAUUCAACAAGGUUCCAAAACACGUCGCCAACUUAUACAGCUAUGCAUUUAAACCAAUUAUAGUCAACCUGAUGUAUAAGGAGCACGGGCACGUGUGGUGGCUGGAUGCGUCAGUUCGACUGGUAACGGACGAGCUGCUGAUGCCGCUCAGAUACCUCCGGGAGACCGGCAUCCUCUUCUUCACGUACGGCUCCAGUCUGAACGUGGCCCUACACACACACGGUGACAUGUUCCGUUACUUCUCCGAAGACCCGUGCAAUUAUAAAUCCUAUGGUGAGGUGGAGGCGGGGAGCAUUAUGUUCAGGAGGAGUCAUGUGACGGACGUCGUGCUUCGGCUUUGGGCAGCGUGCGCCCUGGAGGAAGGAUGUGUAGCACCGAAGGAUACCACCCGCUACUGUGACGCCGACAUAUCAGAGAGAGUCAUGUCCGAUAGACUUAGCGGUGCAUGCCAUAGAUACGACCAGUCGGCCCUCGGUAUUAUUUUACGGCGACUGUACCACAAACAAAACGACUAUCCGCUCGUCGAGACGCCAUUUAAACUGACCACGAUACAACGCGACCGAGGCAUACCUUACUUUGUCUAGCGAGUACAAUGAAAGCGUUGAUUAUGGCGUUAUUAGAUAAAGUAUUUCCGUGAAGUUUAAAAGCAAU